AUGCUCCAGUCAGCAAGCGCCGUAUCUCAGGAGCUACACAAGUUGCGACAGGAGAAUGCGGAGCUCCGGGAGAUGUACCAACAGCUCCGGACGGAAUUCAACGAUUUCCGUGAGCUCAUCCUUGGCCCUGACUGUCUACUCCCCGCCCAUGAAGCGGAUACGGGAUCAGUGCCGCCCGAGGCUUCCGGUUCCGGUACCCGUCAUGAUCCCGAGGUCCCCAUGCAAGAUGUCGACAAUGACGUCGACAGAAAUGAAGACCGGGCUCCGUCCCCCGCUAUCAAAAACGACGUCGACAUGAAUCACGACCGUGCUCCGUCCGCUGCAAUCGACAACGACGUCGAAAUGGAUCACGACCGGGCUCCCUCCGCCUCUAUCACACUUCCCGAGGGAACCGAGGACGUAGCGGCCGGGAUGGAGAUGGAUUGGUCGGCGGAGAACGAGACUGGACAGGCCGACGAGAGAAGCCCAUCCCGAGGUGCUGUCCCAGCAAGCCCCACGCAGUCCAUCUCGUCUGCAAUACCACCCGUCAUCGUGGGCGAGGACUCACAUGACUCCCCGGGCGGACUUGCGUCCCAGCAGCUCGAUCCUGUGGUGAACGAGCGCCCCCCGGAGCCGGCGUAUGCUCCCCCGCCCCUUCCUCCCUGUGACGCAAUGUCGCAGGCGGUAGAUGUCCUUCCCGGUACUACCCCGGCCGAGCAGCAGUCGCCAAAAGACGCCCAGGAGAAUGUCGUGGACACCCGAGCUAACGAGCCGGAUGACGAGCCGGGUAUUGGGCCACAGGGCAGGUCCGCAGAGCCGACAGGCCAAAGCCAAGAUGGGGAACACCCGGAAUCGCCCAGUGUUACACCGAACGCGGCCGGACUCCAAGGGGACUCGGACAUGACAGCGCAGCGGACCGAGCCAGCGGAUGAGGGUGAUAUUGCGAUGACAUCCGGGGAGAACGACCCCGGAGCCAGCAAUGAUCACGGCGGGGUUGCAACUCCACCGAUGGUCCCCUCAUGGACGACGUUACAGGGGUAUGCGGACGAGUAG